AACCGGACGAAGGGCCUUUGCAGACUUCCUAUACAUCGCAUUUUUCAAGUCAUUUGCCGCCAUGGCGCACGUCGUGCAACCUCUUGACCAGCCGUCCAACUACAAAGACUCUCAAGCCCGAGUUGACAGGCAGAAGCAGAAUGAGCUCCUCGCAAAAUCGACAACACUCUACAUUGGUAACUUGAGUUUUUAUACCACAGAAGAACAGAUCUACGAGCUUUUCUCCAAGUGUGCUAGCCCGGAGGAGGGCGGAGGCAUCAAGCGUAUCAUCAUGGGUCUGGAUCGGAAUACAAGAACACCUUGUGGCUUUUGCUUUGUAGAAUAUUACACCCCCGCCGAGGCACUAGCGAGCCUGCGCUACGUCAGCGGCACCAAGCUCGACGAACGUAUUAUUCGGUGCGACCUCGAUCUAGGCUAUAGGGAAGGACGACAGUUUGGACGGGGCAAGAGCGGUGGGCAGGUAAGAGACGAGCACAGAACCGACUACGACCCAGGACGUGGAGGUUGGGGUGCGCAAGCCCAGCGGAUGGAGAUCGAACGGAGAAGGGAGGUCGAGGAGCGGUACGCGGAUGCACAGGAAGGUCCUGGUGCUGUUGCGGGUGGUGGAGAAGACUGGAAGCAGCCUGAGGGUGCCCCGGAGAAGCAAGACCUUAAGCGCGGUCGGUCACCCGAGGAUGAAGCAGAGAGCGAGCGAAUGGGUGCACGUGCCCGUCUUGAGGAUGACACGGAACGCAUGUGAGGAGGUUAGCUUGAGGCUUGGUGUAGGGCAAUGCUGAACUACUAUAUAUCGGUCUAAUAUUGAGGGGAUGUCGAUGCACUAGUAUACCACGCGUGCCCUGACACGGUACCGCUUGUCAAAAAUCUCUGGUUCGUAGUAGGUCUCGUGCAGCUUGCGAACCAAGCGGUGCGCUUCAGCCGAUGAUGCUAAACGUAUGAAGAACUUUGCCGUAAGAGCAACAUUGUUCGCUUGAUUUAGUUUGACAAUAUCCUUGCUGUCGGGCGACGCUCCUGCGAGCUUGAAGUUGUUCAAGAAGUAUCCAGCUGCUUCAGGGGUCAUUUUUCCGGGCAAGCCGUACAGCACUGCGCUAGAGCCGCCACUUGUGACACCGCCAGAGGGACCAUCCCCCGUGAUGACACCUCUUUCAGCAGCUUCGGCACGACCCCUCGCACCGCGCGUGCGAGGUGGGAGAUCUUCGACCUCGUUUUCCGCUUGAUGAGUAGACACUUCGUGUCCUGCCACGAGGGAGCCGUGUAGAGACUGCAUUACUGACCGGACAAAGGCCGGAGUGGUGAGGGUGACCCAGGCAGAACCGGUUGGAACGAACCGCCUGUAGUCGACAUCGAUACUGGCGAUGUUUUCAAUCUUGGCUUUUGCGCAUAGUCUGCGGAUGUCUGUAGGGAGGGCAGUUCUAGGAACAUUGCGGAUCUCUAUUCGUCUCCUGUUGUCACCACGAGCAUUGUCGACCACCGCGCGCCGGAACGUCUUCCGCAUCACCGUUGCAGUUGACAUGGCUUGCCGAACCAAUGUCGAAAGCCAGGACUCGGGAGUGAA